AUGAGAGCAGGCGAUAUACUUAGACUAGUUCCCAUGGCUGAAUUAGUCUUCUGCAAUGAAGACUUUGAAUACUACAAUGAGAUUACCUUCCGAGAAUUAUGCACUCAGGCCCUGCAAGCCAUAUAUCUUCUGACUAGUGCGUAUAUGGUCUGGAUAUCUGUGUCUAUUAUCUGCAACACAAAGGCCCCUAUUGUGGUUGUUCUAAGUGAAAGCAUGUACCCUGGGUUUGACAGGGGAGAUAUUUUAUUCUUGGCUAAUGUAAGAAAUAAUUACUAUGCUGGGGAUAUAUGCGUAUUUGAGCUGGCAAAGGAUGAAAUCCCUAUUGUCCACAGAGUAAUAGAUAAGAGAUAUUCCAUGAAGGAAGUUGUCCCAAAGGCAGAAAACAAAAAGGAUCCAGUGCUUAAUCACUUGCAGUACAUGACAAAAGGAGAUAACAACCAUUCAAAUGAUACCUUCCUGUACCGGGAGAAGAACAUUAAUCUUAUAAAUACAAGUCACAUGAGGAAUAUUGUAUAUGCAAGUUUCCCUUUAUUAGGGAUGGUGACUAUUUGGGCUGGGUACUGGAAGUGGGUUAAGUAUGCGGUUAUUGGUAUUCUUGCUAUGGAUGUUAUGUUCACACGGGAUAAUACAUUGAAAAUAGCUAGGUUCAAUGAGGCACAAGGGAAAGAAGAGGAAAAGGAAGAAGCAAAAAAGGAAAAGACCCAAUAA